GACUAAGGAGAUCUGCACGUCGUACUGCACAUGCUUCAAAAAAUGGGAUCAAAUAUUCCACAUUUCCAUAAAGGAUAAACUCGAGGAAUAAACACAAGACACGGUCUUGUUACGCAAGAGUGUGAUAUUACACAGUGCACAGCAUCCAGCAACUUCAACACGCAGAGUACAAUUACGAUACACACGAAAAAGAGGAAGUACGAGUGUGUUUACAGUGCGCUGGUGUUAGCGAGGCACUAUAUAAAGCACGAGGGAGCAUAACUCGGACAAGUGCGAACACUGAAGUGAGAAGAUAUGCAGCUGUGGUUGUAUUGCGCUCUGCUGGCGUUUGCGGCUGGAGGCUGCUUGGCACAGAAACCUCGUCCGUGCAGGAGUCCUCCUCUCCUUGAAGGGAGCAUGACUGUGAUAACUCAGAAUGGCAGCUUCAGCGCAUAUGCGAAGUACGCCUACGAUGCCUUUCUCCAGCGCAUCCGCAUUAGAGAGCUUGUUCAUGCGAAUAAUAAAACGUUUUUCCAGGACGCUCUGCUCCUCUAUCAAAAGCAUGUGAUGUACCUGAUCAACCAUAAAAACCAGACCUGCAAAAAGUUGAAUCUGACGUCCCAGUUCCACCCGAUGAGGAUCCCGUGCAACUCUACUUUUCUUGGGCAGGUGGUUUUAGGGAGUCUCUCUGCGCCUGCAGAAGGUCUGCUAGUCAACUCAUGGGCUGGACAGGCGACCAAGGAACAAGGCCAGUACAUGCUGACGUUCACAGAGUUUGGCUGCCUUCCUGUUAGUGUCCUUUUCAACAGUCCUAACUCCGGCUGGGUUGUGACCAACUUUUUUAACAUCGUUCGUGGGAUUAAGGAGCCAUCUCAGUUCAUUCCUCCACCUUUCUGCGAGGAUGAUCCACUGGAAACAGAAGAGGAAGGAGAUUUCUUCACUGCUUUCUUCUGAGCCAAAUCUAGUGCUUCAUAUGACCCACCACUGUACAUUCAUCGACGAGGAUAAAGAGUCCAGCAAAUUUAAAUGUGCACAAUAUGCUCAUUUUAAAUAAAGUUAAUUAAAUGAUCUUUUUAACUAUCUAACUAACCAAACAAAUAAAUAAAAUUAAUGCAUCUUUCAAAUUAA